AUGCAGCAGCAACAGCCCGUCAUUGUGCUCAACCAGAAGAUGGAGCGGCAGACUGGCCGCAAGGCACAGUUGAACAACAUCGAGGCAGCUCGUGUUGUCUCUGGUCUUAUCAGUAGCACACUGGGACCGUGUGCUAUGUUGAAGAUGAUCCUCGACCCAAUGGGUGGCACAGUUCUCACCAACGAUGGAAAUUGCAUCCUUCGUGAGAUUGACGUCGUACACCCGGCAGCCAAACACAUGUUGGAGCUCGCACGCGCCCAGGAUGAGGAAGUGGGUGACGGGACCACGUCUGUUAUUAUCCUCACAGGUGAAAUUCUCAGCCUUUCCAAACCGCUUCUUGAGCGCGGCAUCCACCCACUGAAGAUAGUGAAGGGAUUUUCCCUUGCGCUUACGGAUGCACUUGCCGCAAUUGAGAAGAUCGCCACAUCUAUUGACCCAAACGACAUAAAGCAGUUGGAAGAGGUUGUUCGCGCUUGCCUUGGAACGAAGUACAAUUCUCAUGAGGACGACCUUAUGUGUAAGAUGGCUGUGGAGGCCACGUUACGUGUCGUGGUAGAGAACAAAGUGACCGGCCAAAAGGAAGUGGACAUCAAGCGUUAUGCCAAGAUAGAGAAAAUCCCAGGCGGAUCUGUUUCUGAUAGCGUUGUGCUCGAUGGCGUGAUGUUCAACAAGGACCAUAUUCAUCCGAAGAUGCGGCGCUACAUUGAGAAGCCGCGCAUUCUGCUGCUGGAUUGUCCUCUGGAGUAUAAGAAGCCGGAAACCACCAUCAACGUCGAGGUUGGACAGGCCACUGACUGGGAACUGCUGCUCAAGCAAGAGGAGGACUACGUGCGCGGCCUCUGCCAGACCAUCAUUUCCUUUAAACCGGAUGUUGUUAUCACUGAGAAAGGUGCUUCGGACCUCGCGGCUCACUUCCUGCACAAGGCGCAGAUCACGUGCAUUCGCCGUUUGCGUAAGACUGACAACAAUCGUAUUGCACGUGCCACGGGUGCCACGAUUAUUAGUCGCGUGGCGGAGCUAACGGAGGACCACAUCGGCCAUGCAGGGUUGAUGGAGAUCAAGAAGAUAGGGGACGAGUACUUCACAUUCAUCACCGGUUGCACAUCUGGAAAGGCCUGCAGUGUAGUGCUGCGCGGAGCAAGCAAAGAUACGAUCAAUGAGAUGGAGCGCAACCUGCACGAUGCCAUGUGUGUUGCACGCAACAUUAUUCUUGAGCCACGUGUAGUGUACGGUGCGUCCGCGCUUGAAAUGUACGUUUCCUCAUACCUCAUGAACCGUUCCAAGAGUAUCACGGGGGUACAGCAGGCGGCGUAUCAAGCCGUGGCAAUGGCGUUGGAGGUUGUCCCACGCAUUCUCACAAGCAAUUGCGGGGCGAAUGUAAUCCGCACUGUAACGGAACUGCGCGCCCGCCACGCGAUGCCCGACGGUGAUUACUGGGGCGUCGAUGGCACCACAGGUGACAUUGUGGACGUGCGUUCCUUAAGGGUGGUAGAGCCGGCAGCGGUGAAGGUGCAGGCACUGAAGACGGCUAUCGAGGCGGCGUCGAUGAUUCUUCGAGUGGAUGAUGUUGUGUCUGGAACCAAGCUUCGUCAUGAGAAGGAGAACAAGCCGGCGCCAGCAGCCGCACAAGGAGCGGCUGAUGACGAGCAAGGUGAGGCUGAAGCUGCCUAA